AUGAAGGCUGCAAUCUGCAUCUCGGUAACAGGACUCAUACUUCUGGCAGCAAGUGAGUGACUUACCAAUAGUAAUACAUCUUAAACUGUUUUUCAGGGUUGUACAUACAAUGUGAAGUGCUAUAUGUGGAAGGGAACCAGAAAUGCCAAAAGUUCCACUUUCAGCACUUUUUCCUAUAGUUAUCUAAUUUCAGAGGAGAUGUUUAGGGAUCAAUGAUGGUGCCAUCUCCUUUAACCCAUUAAGGACACAUGACAUGUGUGACAUGUCAUGAUUCCCUUUUAUUCCAGAAGUUUGGUCCUCAAGGGGUUAAUAUAAGUAGCUCAUAACCAACUCGGUAAAUAUAUAUGUAGUACAUUUACAUAGUAGAGGUCAAGUCUUGUUUUUAAAAAAAAAAAGCUAACAUUCGGAAGAGAGCCAUGUUUUUUUGCCAACUCUAUAUUUAUUCAAUGUGUGGAGGAGAUAAUAAAAUUCAACUCUAAAAGAUUGGGUAGCAUGACAAAGUGUGCUAAUUAUAGAUCUUUCCUUCAGCACUCCUGAGCCAAAGUUUGAGGGGAAGAGGAAGAGAAUCCACUCUAAACCAGGGUGCAAAUACAACCAAGGUUAAAGGGACUCUCUAAACCACAUAAUAGUUACAGUUUGGUGCAUUGUCUAGGCAAGUUCCUGGGCAUUAUCCUCUGGUUUUACGUCAAACCAUUUUGGAGCAGUUUGACAAAGACUUGGGCAGGACCUAGAUACAAUCCCAUCCUUGACUGUAUUAGUGGACUUUAUACAUCUCUAGAAGCAAUGUCAAAAGAGCACUCUAGUUCAAGGAAUACAAACAUGUGUUCUUAAUAGUAUAGUGUUCUUCUCACUCGUUAGAUUUAGGGCCCCCUUAAAUUAGAUUUUAAAACUUUUCAUGGGUAUUGGUGCGGACUGCGAGUGUUGGAAAUGUAUAUGACAGGACAUAUUUCUUGCUGUAUGUGUAUCAAUUAUUGGUAUUACCUAUGGAACGGUAACCGGCCAUUAAAUGUACUCUACAAAAUUAUAUGUUAUUAGUAGUGAUAGUAGUAUUUAUAUUCUUACAGUCUUGGCAAAAAGAAAGUACACCCUCUUUGCAUUCAAUGGUUUUAGAUAUCAGGACAUAACAGUCAUCUGUUCUUUAGCAGGUCUUAAAAUUAGGUAAAUACAACCUUUAGAUGAACAAUAGCACAUGACGCAUUACACUGUCAUGAUUUAUUUAGCAAGAAUAAGUCGAGAAGCAUUGUGAGAAAAACUCCCUAAUUUCCUACCCUCAUCAAAACGAAUGGAUCCACAAUGAUUUGUCUUGAUUCGUUAUGGAUCCAUUUUUGUUGCAUUGUUUUUCGUGGUUUCAGAAAUUCAGACAAAAUAUGAUUUGUAUAAAAAAAAAAAAAUUGCACAUGUCAAUUUUGGAAGUCAAUAUAUGAACUGGCCAAAAUGUAUAGCAAAUACAUAUGUACAUCAACACUUGGGAAUGAUAUCUUCAAUGAAAGUGCAAUUUUGAGUGAAAAAUGCAAAAAAAAAAAAAAAAAAAUAUGAACACUAACUUUGGCAAGGAUUUGUGAUUAUGUGGCUACAAAUAAUUACUGGAUAUACCCCCAUUUUAAAUACCUGGGUUGUCUAUUUUUACAUAUGGUAUACCAUGAUAGAGGUAAUUAUCAUUCUUGGGCUGCCAUAUGGUCUGGAAGGCAACAUAGGCCCAGCCAGUUCCUCACACACAAUCCAUGGUGCCCCGGUGCGAAACUGAUCCGUGGGCCCCCCCCUUCCUCCCCUCCCUCCCUCGAUCUGUGCUCCCCCUAUGCCCCUGAUGCAUACAUACACACACACACACACACACACACACAAACAUACACACAGACAGACACACAUACAUACAGAGACACAGGCACACACAGAGACACACACAUACAUAGACACAUACAUACGGGGCCCCAUGGAUUGUGUGUACGCCACUGCAUACAUAGACACACACACAUACAGAGACACAGACACACAUACAGAGAGACACACAGACACACAGAGAGACACAGACACACACAUACAUACACACAUACAGAGACACACAGAGACACACAGACACAUACAUACACAAAAUGUUUCCUACCUUGUUACUUUCCCUGGGGUCCAGUGGUGGCUCAGCCUGACUCCUUCCCCCCGCGCGGGUUCUCAGUAUGCUGGGAGGAGUGACCGGUGAAUCACUUCCUCCCAGCUCUGAUGUAAUCACAGGGAGCCCGGUCGUGCUCUUAAAGCGCCCAGCGCAGACCGGGCCCCCUCCCAAUCCAUCUCCAUCGGGUGGCCCUGACAGCAUGGACCCCUCCAUAUGCGGCCCCGGCGGUUUGCUGCGCGGGCCAGGGCCGCAAAGUGUGGCAGCAGGCCUGGUACCCAGUCGCAGGGGUCCGCAGAGCAGCCGGGCCCCCUGGAGUGCCGGGCCUGGUCACAGCUGCAACCCCUGCGACUGCAGUAUGUAUGCCGCUGGGCCCCGGCGGUUUGCCGCGCGGGCCGGGGCUGCAAAAUAUGGCAGCAGGCCUGGUACCCGGUCGCAGGGGUCCGCAGGGCAGCCGGGCCCCCUUGAGUGCCGGGCCCGGUCACAGUGGCGACCCCUGCGACCGCAGUAUGUAUGCCGCUGGGCCCAGCAAUCCAAUCUGGCAAACUGAAAUGGGACUUAUAUGUAAUUGUAAGGAUCUUACCUUGAUAGUGGAGUGAAUACGUAGAAUUAAAGCACCCUUUGCAAUUAUACACAGACCAAGGGGACUCAAGGUACAAAUCCCCAAGGCUGUGAACCAGUGCACUGGGGCUGGUAAUAACCAGUGCUUCCAAGAACGAGGUACAGGCAAGGGAUAUCCAAUAAACGUAGUCAGGGACGGAACUAAAGGUCAGGACAGGCAGCAGACAGGCAAGAACAAAGGACAAGCAGAAGAUCAAAACCAGAGUCAGACGAAAUAACCAACAGGAACAAACAAUCUGCUAAGGCGGGGUUUAUAUAGGCUGGAAUCAGCAGACAUCAGGAACAGGUGAGUAGUCCAGGCAUACAGGUUCAGGAUAGUAGUAAUCAGGAACCAACAGAAGUAGCCAAAGAUGCGUGGUACCAAGGAUAAGGCAACUGGCUGCGAAUGCAGGAGACUCGUGUUUGAACCCAGCCUGGACCUCAUAUGCAAUAAAUGCGGAAGGCACGAUGACAGUCAUGGCGGUAAUCCUGUAAUUUUCAAAAAUCCUAUAAAACCUGUACAUGGGUUAUUUUUCAAAAUAAAUUGAGGUCUAGAUUUAUGUCUGCCUGAUCAUAAAAGUGUAAGUGGUACCUAAAACAUGGGGACCAUGGUAUGAUCUGAUGGGAAAAUAAUAGUUUUCCUCCUUCCCUCUAUAUUUUUUGGUCACUUACUUUCUAUGUCUGAUUACUUACACUAUGGAGACCCCCAAUACCAGAUCUCCUAAAUACCUUAAUAUACAUACCAAUAAACAACCUCAUAUCUCUGUCUUUUAAAAACUUGAAUUUCACAUGACAAAUGUAAAAUGUCUGAAUCACUAAUUGUGGCGGGACCGCUGCCUGUCUGGGAAUUGUCUGCGUUAUCCUAUGUGUGUUCCCCUCAGUCUUUUGUGCAAUGUAUCCACUUCCCGUUUGGGAGGCUUUCCCCGAAGGGAACUCAUUCGCUAUUUUAAACUUUUAAUAUUCAGUAAUACCCUGGUGAAUAAAUGAGAUAAAUUUUGUAUUAAUAAGUAUCCAUUUAAUCAUGCCGGUAGGAACAAAGACAAAAUGUCAAAUAAUAUAUACUUUUUUUAACUGGAUAGCUCAUAUAGCAGCUUUAUCAGCUACUUUUCUAAACUUGAAGGGACUACAAAGAGUUAACCCUGCUCCCAUGAAAGCUCUGGGACACAAAGGGUUGACACACUUGCAAGUUGCAACUCAAACUGGAUGGCUUGCACUGCAACAUUAUCGGCUACGCUUCUAAGUUCCAAGGGACCACAAAGAGUUAACUCUGUUCCCAUGACAGCUAUGGGACACAAAGGGUUAACCUGUUUAUAAGUUUCAACUCAAUCCUUUAAAUAUGACUGAGAAAAACCCUUGCAAUUCAGAAUGGGCAGUCCUUGCUUAGGAUUGGCAAGAAAAAAAAGAGUGAUCACUAUAUGCUCUGAGACACACAGAAAUCCUUAGGUUAAAGUGUUCCCUAGAGACACUCAAAAUUACAUUUAUUACAAAGAAAAAAAACAAAAGGAACAAAAUAUGUGUAAAUCACCAAAAGUGACAACAAAUGGUACAACUUGUGUAGUAAUCAGUAGAAUCUACCAUAGACACCAUAUGUCUAGGGGAAUAAAAUAAAAAAUAUAGUGCAAUACAAUAAGCACAAGCAAAGGGCUUGGGGGUGGUAGAAAAAUCACUAGAAAAUAGCAAAUUCAGGCGUGUCUUCCUCAAUAACGGGGUAAUUGCAUGGAUAAUGGGAAUCUUCCAGCCAUAGAAAUCCUGAUAUAGUAUCUUCUUGGAUAACUCAAAACAUAAAGAGAAAAGAGAGAUAGUGCAGACUAUAUAAAAAAUAACAAAUUUAUUCUUACAAGUUGCACUUACAAUAUGUCAAAAGACAAAGAGCAUGUCUCCGCAUCAGAGUUGUAUCCAGGUUUCCAACAGGUAGCAGGGAAAAAAUCCAGGGCCACAAAUACAGAUAAAAACAGAAAAUAAAAAUAGUAUGUAAACAAGUUGAUGGUUAAAAUCCAACGCGUUUUGACCUGUUCUGGACUUCCUCAGGGUUGUAUAAUCUUGAUCUGUCGAGUUCUUCUUAUAUACCAGCGUUUUCUGAUGAACUUACGGCAGCUGGUGGCGUGCGUUCCACUGUGGAGUGCAUAUAACACUUCCGUGUGUACACGUCACUUCCGGUUGAUGUAACUUCCAGUUGACGUGAUUACUAUACGAGCAUGCAGAGAUCAUGUUAUCAAUGGAGGGCAUCAUGGGAAAUGGAGUUUCUCAAGAAAUACCUCUUAUUAUACGUAAAUGUUACAAUGUAGUGCUAUUUACAAGGAAGAACAUAUCAGUCAUGGACCAAAAAAGAAAAAUAGAGGGAAAAUGAAAAAAUUAAAAAAAUAUAUAUAAAAAUAUGUACAUAAAAAACUAUAGAUAAUGAAAAAAAUUAAAUUAAAAUUAAAAUAUAUUUGAAAAAUUAAGGUUACUAUAUGUAACCAAACAUCUAUAUAUGUUUUAUUAAUAUAGUCCAUGACUGUCAUAUUGAGCCUUUUACAAAGAUUGAGCAAUAAAAAUAAAAAUAGAACAUAAAUAAAAUAAGUAAGAAUGAAAUAAAAUGAAUCAUAUAUAAGACAGGUAAUGUGUAUAAAUAGGAAAGAGAUCCUUCUUCAAUAUGGUUCAUAUUACUGUAACUUAGAAAAUGAAUAUUAGUUUCACACUAAGUAUAUAGAAAAACCAAACAUUUAAGAAAAAAAAAAAAGAAAACUAAGAAAAUAAUAGAACUAGAUAAGUCCUGCCAAAUCUAUUUCCUGAUUGAGACCAUAUUUCAAAGUCUUUAAGCUAAAUAUCCAUUAGGCUUCUUUUGUAGUAAGCAAAAUCUCAAUGUUCCCUCAUCUCCAAUGUCUUUCUACUUUAUCUAUUCAUGAGGCCAAAAAGAUAUUCCAUUGGAAUUGUGGACAAGAAGUACAAUGUCUUGGUACACUGUGGUCUAAUUUUUUAUUUUUAAUAUUAUGGAAAUGUUCUGUAAGUCUCACAUGUAAUUUGCAGAUAGUACGGCCAAUAUCCUGGGCACCACAACCACACAGCAAUAAAUAUAUUACGUGGGUUGUGGAGAACUGUAUACAUUUCUUAACAUGAUAAGUCUGGUGAGUAUAUGAACCUGUAAAGGAAUUGAUAGUUUUCUUUUGAAAGGUGCUUGCUUAGGAUUGGCCACAUGAUGGAACAUAUGGGUGGGAUUUACCCUUUACCACUUGGAGACCACCCCUUUGCUCUUGAAAAAGGAGCAUUGCAAGCGCCGAAACGCGCGUCGAGCAGACACUUUGUUUUUAGUGGAGGGAAUCUACAUAGUUUAAUCUCGUAUGUAGGAUAUGUGUGCUAGAUAUUAGCAGAGAUUUGUUAGACACACAGGCAAACUGCCAUGAAGCAGUAAGGUUGGAGGUGAAACAGUGAAAUUACAGCAUAGUGCUUAUCGGGUCAUUAGUCAUCCAAUGAGACUAAUAGCAGAACUUGUUCAACCACUAUAUAAUAAAUUCAAGCAACUAUCGAAAUAGAUACCAUUAAGGUUCCAUAAUGGUGGCGUUCUUUUUUUAGUUUGCAACCCUUAUCAAAACGAAUGUAUCCAAAAUUAUCGGUUUUGAUUUGUUAUGGAUCCAUUCUUUGUUGUUUUGUUUUUCGUUGAUUCAGAAAUUCUGAUGAAAUAUGACUGAACAAAGUGCGCAUGUCAAUUUUGUAGGCCAGUAUACAAAACGGCCAAAAGGUACAUCAAAUACAUAUUUACAUCAACACUUAGAAUUAAAUUAAAAAUAUUAUUAAAAAUUAUUAUUAAAAUAAAAACGGCAUAGUCCCCUGGGAAUCAAUGCAGACUGUAUGUCACUAUCUGGAUGAAAUUUUAAUUUUAAUUAAAGAAUUCCUUAAUAAUACAAACAACCGAGAUUCACUAUAAAUUGGAUGCCAGUAGCCUUCAAUAACCUAUGCUUGAAACAACCUGUGUAUAUUUCUAACUUUCAUACCAUGGCUCUAUUACUUCUAAAACUAGUAACUUUGUAAUUAAGUUGUUAUAGAAACUUUUUUUAAACCAUAUCUAAAUAUCCUUAAACUAACUCUAAAUCACUGUCUAAUCUAUUUAGACCUGAGAGUCUAAUCCAAAUAUUGAGGUCUCUGUUUGUCUAAUAUCAAAAUAUCCAAGAUUAAUGUUCUCUCCAUUUAAUCACUGUGAUAAAGUGAAGGCAGAUAGGCCUUUUAACCCCAGGGGGAGUAUGUGUAGUUUGUGUGUUGCACAACACAACGCAUUGUUUAGUUAUGGGCCCCUGGGGUGGAGCAUUUGGAGAGAAGGGUGGGCCAAUGCUCCACUCCACAGUUUAGUGGUGUUCUGGGGAGACCUAGAUCCAGGCCAGGGUUUUUGGACUGUCUCCAACCCACUGCUCAGCUGCAGGUAAUCAGCUGUUGCAGUGGGAAUAAACUCCUCCCGGCUAGGCAGGAAAAAAGGAGAGGGAUUGCUGGCUUCCUCCCAGGAAGCAGGUAGGAGAGAGAGGCUGUUCUCUCCAGAUAGUCAAGGUGACUAGGCACUUGGAGUGCAGAAAGGAAGCAGUCAGGGCAAGACUGGCUUGGAGCACUGGGAGUGCAGAAAGGAAGCUGUCAGGGCAAGGCUGGCUUGGAGCACUGGGAGUGCAGAAAGCAAAGCAGAGUGGGCAAGGCUGGCUUGGAGCACUGGGAGUGCAGAAAGGAAUGCAACAGGCUAGGCAGCAGAGUGUUGCUAACUAAUAAGGUUGGUGCAAUAUUGUGUUUAGUUUAACCCUGAGAGAUAGGGAACUAAUGUCAGUUAGUGCUCAGACGAGCUAGGUGUUUGUUUAUAGGGUUUUCUGCUACUUUUGUUUUUCAUUUACUGCCGUAUCCUGUGUGGAUUUACAAAUAAAGUGCCUGAGUAUAUGCAAUUACAAGGACUGUGCAUGUUUUUACCCUAGAGGGCCGUGCUACCUGGUGACAAGGAUCACAUCACUUAAAUUCAUAGUGUUUUCACUAUUGAAUCACAGUGUGUCCUUUUAGUGUUUGUGUAUGAUUUAGUGUUAUGCAAGUAAGUUUUUAUGUUUAUUAAUAAUGUCUAAUGAACAAUCAUCUAAUUUACGGUGGGAACGUUUUAAGAUAUGGUCCCCCUUGUUGGUGAGAUCAUCUCCUAUUUCUUUGCAUGAUAAACUUGUUCUGGUUCAUGCCCUGUGUUAUUCACCUAGCCAAUUCUUGUAUCAGUGACUCAACUUGUUUUAUGCUUAGCGCAGUGGCGUACACAUGACCCAUGGGGCCCCAGUGCGAAAUUGAUCCGUGGGCCCCCCCCUCCCCCCGCGCAGGCCGGGCCGCAACACAUGGCGGUGGGCACCUGAUCGCAGGGGUUACAGGGCUGCGACCCCUGCGACCGCGGUAUGUACGCCAGUGCAUGCAGAUGCACACACACUUAAAGGACCACUCUAGGCACCCAGACCACUUCAGCUUAAUGAAGUGGUCUGGAUGCCAGGUCGAGCUAGGGUUAACACAUUUUUUCAUAAACAUAGCAGUUUCAGAGAAACUGCUGUGUUUAUGAAUGGGUUAAGCCUUCCCCUAUUUCCUCUAGUGGCUGUCCCAUUGACAGCCGCUAGAGGCGCUUGCGUGCUUCUCACUGUGGUUUUCACAGUGAGAGCAUGCCAGCGUCCAUAGGAAAGCAUUAUGAAUGCUUUCCUAUGUGACCGGCUGAAUGCGUGCACAGCUCUUGCCGCGCGUGCGCAUACAGCCGACGGGGAGGAGAAGAGGAGGAUCGGAGGAGGAGAGCUCUCCGCCCAGCACUGGAAAAAGGUAAGUUUUACCCCUUUCCAGAGCUGGGCGGGAGGGGGCCCCUGAGGGUGGGGGCACCCUCAAGGCACUAUAGUGCCAGGAAAACAAGUAUGUUUUCCUGGCACUAUAGUGGUCCUUUAAAGGACCACUACAGGCACCCAGAUCACAUCAGCUCAAUGAAGUUGUCUGGGUGUCAGGUCCCUCUAGUUUUAACCCUGCAGCUGAAAACAUAGCAGUUUCAGAGAAACUGCUAUGUUUCACUGAGGGUUAAUCCUGGCUCUAGUGGCUGUCUCAUGGUUAUGUUGGUGGUCUUAGUUGUAUGUUGGGAGGCGUCUUCAGCAGUUGUGAAAGUAUCCUUUUUCAGUGCACCACAGUGUAGCAGACUCUAGUGCUCUCUGCAUUAUUAAAUUAAAAUAAAUGGAUAGAAAGGAGAUAAAAUAAAAGCAUAUAGUGCUAUCUGUAUUAUUAAAAUAAUAACAGCACUUCCCUUUUUAUUCACGAUACCCCCAGAAGGAAAAGACUCUGGUUUGGGUAGUUCAAGCUGCCACAAACCAGUUGCAUAACAAAAAAGCGCCAGAAAUCCUAUUCAUUUAUCUAUAUAAACAUUACCAUAUCUACUAAAUGACAAAUGUUUGACAUUGCAGAUUUAAAACUAAGGACCACUACACCCAGGACCACUAAAAAGGAAUGAAAACAAUUUGGGUCAAGAUACAUAAUAUCCACAUUAUGUGAUAACUGGCGGCUCAUGCUGUUUAAAACUCCUUGGUGGAGAUAGGGUUAAGGAUUGUGUUGCCUGGUCAGCUCCUUCUAGUUAGUUGCCACAUUAAAAAGGCAUUAAGUGAUAAAUGAGUGUAAAAGCUGCAGGUGUGGGCAUAUUCACUAAAUGGUUGAGCAAAGAGUAAAUGUCCUAACUGACAGACUGUCAGGGGAAGAUUAUAGGAGACAGGUUUACUUUACUUUCAAAAUGACACCAUUCUUUUCUAUUUUUUUUAGUGUUGUGUCAAAAUGGAGGUGCAUUCGAUGGAACCAAAUGUAUAUGUACAAAAUGUUUUUUUGGAAGUUUUUUGUCAGUUUAAGGAAGCCAUAAUUGAAGUUGGUAAGUAUUAAAUAUUGUGAAAAAGUUUCAGCUGUUAAUGAGUUCAUAAACAUAGAUAAAUGAAAGAUUUAGUUUGCAGACCUUCCAACAGCCUUGCUAUCAGAGUCCUGUCCCAUCCUCCUCAUCUGAGGACAUCAAAGAACUGUCCCCAGGCUAUACACCGCAAGCGCAUCAUUAGACAUACUUGGGUUGUGCAGCGUGCACUAAGACCAUGCAGGGAGUGACUAACUAGGGUGAAAGCUACAUAGGAAAGGGAAAACAGCUAUGAGAUAGAGAGAUAGGGAAAAUUACACAAGGAUUGAUGUGCUAUAUUAUUUGUGUUAAAAUAGAAGAUAAAUCAUAAGAGAAUUCAAUGUAGAACAUGACAUUUGGUAUGAGAGCAGUUAAAUCAUUUUUGGAAGCAGAGAGCAAGUCACAUGGGCAUAGAAUGUGACAGAGAAGGCAGGAGACAAUGUAAAAAGAAGACCCAACACAUUGAAAGAGAGGGGACCAGUAGUAUAUUAACAGUGUAUAUUAGGAAGAGAAUGGACCAGGGACAUUGGGAGAGAGAGGUCCAGAGGCAUAGGGGACAAUGCAUCAUGUUACCAGAUGGAAUAAACCUCAGAAAUCACUUAUAACCUCACACAGAGGUUUAACUUGAAACCACUGGGCCCUGGUGUGGAAAUUUACCUGGGACUCCCCGCCCCCAUGUGUUUAAUUCCCUUCCCCCAGCCCCUCCAUGUAUCUUAUUCUUUCUCUCACCCCCAAGCUCCUCCAUUUGCCUCAUUCCCUCUCCACCCCCUAUCCCCUCCAUUUGCCUCAUUCCCCCUCCCCCAACAGCCACUCGAUUUGUCUCAUUUCCUUACUCCCCUCCCCACCCCCCAGCCAUUUCAUUCUUUUUCCCCUGAUAAAAACUGAUAUUUUGACUAGUGGAAAAGUAUCCUGUCAGUCAAUACCCAGUAACACGGCAUUUGACAGAAAUCCCAGCCUUCACACACUUCUUGUAACAAACUAGCAAUCUUUCUAUUCUUACAUUAGGAAUAUUUAUCUUUUGUUCCUUGUAGAAUACUUCUAGUUCCUUCUAUAUUCUUAGGCUUUCUCUCGUAUCGUAUGUUUGAGAUCAACCCAGAAAUUGACAAUAAUUUUUUCCUUUAUGUUGCUAACACUCAAAUUGCAACCGUACACCAAGAAAAAGAUUUUCCUUGAAUUUGUACACCAGGAGCUGUUAUUCAAUUAACUGGAUGUACUGAAUUCAGCUUCAAAUGUCAAAACUGGCAAAAUAGCCAAGAUGAGUUGGAGCAUUUUUCAAGACCUGCAUUUUCUUUAUCACAAUUUUGCUGUUUUGAUUUUAGUUUGCUACAAAUAAAAUGUGUCUAAUAGCCCUGACAAUUGAUAUACUUGAGAUAAGGAAACAAUUUUCAAACAAUUUACUAAGUUCAUCUUUGUGAAAAAGUAAAAAAAAUUAAAAAAAAUAACCAGGAUUGUGAAAUCCUAUGAUAAAUGUCAUCGCCAAUAUUAAACGUUCAAAUUCAGCUGAGCCUUAUAAACCAUUUAACUCUACCUUUCUCUUACCUAGGUAAGGCUAAUCUCAUCGUCAAGGUGCAGAUGUCAGUGCUUAACAGAGAAUUUGUAAAAGAGUUGAAUGAUCAUACAUCUGAAGAAUACAAGAAGUUCGAAACAGAAUUUAAAUUGCAGGUGAUAUUAUUUAGCAUCAAAUGUAAAGUAAUUCAAAUACAAUACAUACCAUGCUACCUGCUAUUUUAACAUGCAGAUCAUCUUUGAAACCAUGUCUUGUUCAGAGUGAAAUCAUAAUGUGUUUUAAAAACAUUCACAAUGUGACAUAAUAUUGUCCUUUCCUUGAUUCCUAAAUCACAAGGCAUCGCAUGGACAUUACAUGUCCCAGAAUGAAAUUGAUUGAUGAUUCACAUUCCUGAUUAUCUGACAACCACCAGAAGUAUUCCGAAUGGCAAAUGUUUCUCACAAACUACAGAGUUUACAUUUGUCCCUUUAAGGAUGAUGAACAGCUAUAUUUACUAAGAAUAACUUUUUUUUUUUUUUUUUUAAUCUUUAGGUUUUAUUGUAAUGAGUUUGACAAGAGAGUAGGGCUCGCAGGCCUUCGUGAGAUACAUUAGUAAAGGUCUAAUACAGAUACAUUUUGAAACAUUUUGAAUGCUGACGAUUAAACUUUGAAACAGUGCUUGAAUACAUUGGUAUUUCACAUAAAGAUUACAGCAGCAAUGUAUAGAGUCCUGCCACAAGGAUGUAUUUAUUCAUUCGAAUUGUGUCCUGCUUAGAGACGUGCAUUGUAAGUUUUUCGUGAUAGACUUUGUGUAUGUCAACAUCCAGUUAUGGGGUUAAUAUAUCCUGUAGUAGGAAGGUUUGUGAGUGUUAAGACACUCCCAGCUUAAAUGGAUGAAACCGCCGUUUAGCUGAUGUUCCCCCUUUUCAGAGACACAGACUCUAUACAGUAGACCGCCAAACUCCUGAACGGAAGGCAAAGGAAUGCAGUAAAUCCACAAACACACAAAUCAGCCGAAUCACUUCUUCGGCUAAAACAGGCGAAAGAAAUCCUUCCAAGUAGCAAUCCCCCCAAAUAGGAGACCAAGCUCCGACUUGAGGGUAAAACAGGUAUCUGUUUAUUGAGGGCUGCCUGCCCGGUAUUAAUGCAAGUCUCCCACCUGGUGGACACUCCCCUAGUGGACCAGAUGGAAGACUGGGACAAGUAGGAUACAUUAGCCAAUCACAGUGGCUCAGGUUUAAACACUCCCCUUUAUACAGUAAAUCCCUCCUCUCUAUCCUGGAGAUAAUUGGGAAGAAAUCCAAUUAUCUCCAAGGAUAGAGGUAAAUCGCCAUUUUAAAUGAAACAUUAAAAAUGCAUAAAAAUAGGUAACUGUACAAAUACCGAACACAUUAUAUUUGUGCAACGUAUCCUCAGAUAGCCUGGAUCUGAGUGCAUAUUGCUAGCGAAUAGCGCUCAGAUCCCAUACACACAGUUCAACUGCCAUGGAGUCAAAGUCUGUUACAGGUCUUUCGGUGUGCGAUUGACUCCAUGGGAUGGCUAUCUGGGUUAAGUCCAUUUGUAUUAUCCAAUCUCCUGAACGGACCGGUGUUUGCAUGCCUCAACGAAUGAGAAGGGCGGUCGGUAGUUUCAGCGGUGUUCGGUAGAAAAAGUGUCCGUUUAUAGUUCCAUAAAAUCUGUGCCGAACACCGCUGGUCUUUCGCGUGUUUUAAAAUGGCCGCCGCUUCAUGGUCGGCAUAUGAACAACGACCACCCUGCAUUCGGUUAUAAUGAAGAGGUGGCUGAGGUUAACCACAACGUUUUAAUUGGGGCCAAGAGGUUAACCAGCAGCACACUUCUCUUCUGGGUGGCCGUCCGUUCAGUAGUUUUAUUCGGUAUAAGUCCAAAAUAACGAAUAAGGGCAUACGGACAGGCAAUUCCGCGAAGGGAGGCAAAAUAGACGAACCAGCAAUACCUUUAGACAAAAUCUUCUUUCUUCCAGUCUAUGUAAAGUCCAGUUUGUGAAUAGAUUUCUACACAAUGGUUUGUAUUGGCCCUGAAUAUAUUUGUAUAAUGUUAUCAUAUCCCCUCUCAGGCGACGUUUUUCCAAACUAAAUAGGUUUAAAUUUGUUAACCUUUCUUCAUAGCUGAUAUGUUCCAUUCCUUUUAUUAAUUUUGUAGCCCGCCUCUGCACUUUUUCUAGUGCCAUAAUAUCCUUUUUUAGAACCGGUGUCCAAAAUUGCACAGCAUAUUCAAUAUGUGGUCUUACCAGUGAUUUAUAAAGAGGCAAAAUUAUAUUCUCUUGACAAUACCUUACUGGCCUUGGCCACUGCUGAUUGACAUUGCACAUUGUUGCAUAGUUUGUUGUCUAUAACAAUUCCCAAGUCCUUUUCGUGUGUUGUUAUCCCUAAUUCGCUUCCAUUAAGGGUAUACGUUGCUUGUGUAUUCUUUACGCCGAAGUGCAUAACUUUGCCUUUUUCGACAUUAAAUUUCAUCUGCCAUUUGAGUGCCCAGUCCCCCAGUCUAUAUUAAUCCCUCUGCAGCAAAGUAAUAUCUUGCUCACAUUGUAUUACUUUACAGAGAUUUGUGUCACCUGCAAACACUGAAACAUGACUUUCAAUGCUGUCUUCAAGAUCAUUUAUAAACAUGUUAAAUAGAAGGGGUCCCAGAACAGACCCCUGAGGGUCACCACUUGCCACCUCUGUCCAGCUUGAAAAUUUACCAUUAAUGACAACUCUUUGUACUCUGUUUUUAAGCUAAUGUUCUACCCAAGAACAAGCAUUUUCAUCUAGACCGAUUUCCUUGAGUUUGAACACUAAUCUAUUGUGUGGAACUGUAUCAAAUGCCUUGGCAAAAUCCAAAUAGAUCACAUCCACAGUAACAUCCUGAUCUAUACUUCUACUUACUUCUUUGUAGAACGCAAUCAAGUUAGUUUGACAUGACAUGUGCUUCAUAAAACCGUGCUGAUUUUUGCUGAUAACCAUGUUCUUCUCAAGGAAUUCUUAAAUAUUAUCCCUUAAUAACAUUUCAAAUAUUUUCCCAGUCACAGAAGUUAAGCUCACAGGUCUAAAAAUUCCAGGCAAGGAUUUUGAACCCUUUUUGAAUAUAGGAACCACAUCUGCCUUCCUCCAUUCCUCCGGAACACUUCCUGAAAGAAACGAAUCUUGAAAGAUUAAAAACAGAGGUUCACUUAUUUCUACACUUAGUUCCUUAAGUACUCAUGGAUGGAUACUGUCAGGCCCUGGAGCUUUGUUUAUAUUAACUUUCUUUAGUUGCUGCAGCACCUUGUCUUGAGUUAACUAAUUAGAAUUAUUAUGCAAGUUUUUAGUAGCAAUCAUUUGCACAUCUAUUGCCAUGGGUUCUUCCUUAAUAUAUACGGAGGAGAAAUAGUUAUUUAAAAUUUCUGCCUUUUCCUGGUCUUCAUUAACUAACACCCCCAUUUCAGUUUUUAGUGUACCUACACUUUCAUUUUGUUAUUUUAGAAUUUCUGUACUUAAAAAAUGGUUUGAGGUUGGUUUUGCUCUCUUUAGCUAUCAUUUUUUCAUUUUGAAGUUUAGCAAAUCUAAUUGCCUUUUUGCACGCAUUAUUUGCUUCCUUAUAUCUUUUAUAAGAUGCAUCUGAUUUGUCUGAUUUAAAUGCUUUAAAUGCCCUUUUCUUAUUUUUAAUCUCUUGUUUUACUUCUCUACUAAGCCACAUUGGUUUUAAUUUGUUUCUUUUAUAUUUAUUUCCCAAUGGUACAUACUGAGAAAUGUACCUUUCUAAUAUUUGUUGGAAGAUGAUCCAUUUAUCCUCAGUGUUCUUUUCACUAAAGAGUUUAUGCCAGUCAAUAUAUUGUAAAGCUGACCUUAACUUAUUGAAAUUGGCCUUUUUAAAAUUAUAUAUUUUAGUGUACCCCAUGUGCUUUUUUUUUUUUGAGUUUAUUUCAAAGGACGCUAUAUUGUGAUCACUAUUUCCCAAGUGCUCACCUACUUGAAUGUUCAUCAAAAGAUCAACGUUGUUUGUUAAAACCAGGUCCAGACAAGCGUCUAUUCUAGUUGGUGCUUGUACAAGUUGUGACAUGAAGGUGUCAUUUAACAAGUUUAAAAACCUAAUUCCCUUUGCUGAGCUACUAGUUCCUCUGUCCCAAUUUAUGUCCGGGUAAUUAAAAUCUCCAAUAAUUAAAGUGUUACCCAGAUUUAGAGCUUUCUCAAUUUGCUCAAACAGCUGUUGUUCCUCGUCAAUAUUAACAUUAGGUGGUUUAUAACAUAUCCCAACCAAUAGUUGGUUUCACUUCUUUUCCCCCAAGCAGAUAUUUACCCAUAAAGCUUCCACAUUUUCCUCAUCGCAUUCCACUUGCUUAAGAUUUGGCUUUAAAUCAUGGUUGACAUACAAACAUACCUCACCACCCUUCUUGUUUUUCCUAUCCUUCUUAAAUAACAUGUACCCAUUAAGGUUAAUUGCCCAGUCAUGUGUCUCAUCCCACCAUGUUUCAGUUAUGCCUAUUAUAUCAUAUUGUUUAGUGUAUGCUACUGCCUCUAGUUCACCCAUUUUGUUAUUUAGGCUCCUUGCAUUAGUAAGCAUACAUUUAAUAUCAUGAGUCACUUGUACUUUUUGUGAAUUAUCAACAUUACAUAGCUUCUCUGUACUGAGCUUGCCCCUCCCCCUGUCUCCACCCCCCUUAUACGGUGCUAAAGCACAUCUCCUUUCUGUCCUAUCUCCAUUUUGUAGAUUGCUAUGACCCUCCCCCUACUAAUUUCUAAAUAAAUUACAUGCAAAGUUACAAACAAUUCCACUAGAAUUUAAUUAACAGUUAUAACCAACAUAGAUGCAUUUCUAACAAUGUUAUAGGAAACCAUAAGCUUCAUAAUUCCUUUACACAGAACUUAACAAAGUGCUUUGCAGUUUAAAGCCAUAAAAAUCUUAGAUGCUCUCUGUUUGAAUCCCACUUAGUGAUUAGCACUUAAUUAACUCAUUCACUGCAGAGGGUUAGUGUGUGUCCAGAGUGGGGUUGUUAGUCUGGUCUCUCUCAUGAUCUUUUAUCAAACCUUCUAAAUCUGACCAUCUCGCAAUCUUUUUGCCUUUUUUAUUUUUACCGUUUGUCCCCAUUUUUUAAAGAAAAUAUUAUCUUAUGUCACUAAUUUAAAGUGACCAAUCUGAUUAUGUGGGUGCACCUUCUUCUACUGGUUUUCUUAUAGACUUAAAUCAAUUAAUGGCAUUAUAGCAUCACAAUAAUUUCUCAUUAUGAAUUCCAACUACCACUUUGUAUAAGGGGUUAAUUGAAUUUUCUGAUGCAUUUGACGUCACUAAUGUCUUAUCUUUAUGACAUAUCAAUCAGGCUAACUUUCAAACUUCAAGGGAUUCUAAUCCUUUUUGUAUAUUUUUUACGCAUUUGGACUUUGGUUCAGCUUUUUCUUACAAUGGUUUCUUGUAGAAAAUCCCAUUAAACUAAAAAAUAUAUAUUAUUAAUUACUUUGUUUUUUUCUGGUAAUCCUGUGUCUGGUUUUCUCAGUUACACUGUCUUAGUGUGUGGGCUAUGUGUCAGUUAGUAAUAUGUAGUCAUUCACAAACAGAGGAUACUGCAUGCACUCACAUUUAGGAAUCCAUGUGCAUAUCAGGGCCAGUUUAGUAGAUAAAAUAAAUUAGGUCCAGGCACUCAGGAUUGCUGCAGAAAGGCUGGUUUAUUGGAACAAACAGUGCAAAGUUUCGGUCUACACAGAGGCCUUUCUCAAGCUUGAUAAAGGCCUCUGUGUAGGCUGGAUCAUUACACUUUUUGUUCCAAUAAACCUGCCUUUCUGAAGCAAUCCUGUGUUCCUGGACCUUAUUUUAUUAGUCAUAUGUGACACAUGUGAUAUAUACAUGUCUUUUACACACAUUCAGCUAAUAUUAGUUUAACAAUAUUGAAUUUUAUUCAUUACGAUUCUGUGAAUAUUCACUAACAUUCACUAUCAUUAAAAUAGGUACUAUUUGUACAUGAUUAAACAUAAUUAUAGUUAAUAUAUAUAUAUAUAUAUAUAUAUAUAAUGACAAAAUGUACCGGCACUCCAAGGAUUUUCAAAAUAUCAUCUUCUUUAUUCCGAGAAAUACAUCAUCAAAGUUUCAGCUCCCCUAAGGAGCUUUCAUCAGGACACAUCGGUCCUGAUAUUUUGAAAAUCCUUGGAGUGCCGGUACAUUUUGUCAUUUUAUAUUAUUGAGCAACCAGAGCACCGGGUCAUUCUUUAAUUACUGUUAGGUUGGAGUGCAGGAGUUUACUACAUUUAUAUAUAUAUAUAUAUAUAUAUAUAUGCAUAUAUAUAUAUAUAUAUAUAGACAUAGCAGAAAUGACCGCACUCCAAGGACUUUAUAGAGAUUUUCAAAUAAAAUUUAGCUUUUAUUCAAUCCAUUUAAAAAGUCAACGUUUCAGCUCCCACAUGGAGCUUUCAUCAGGACAAAAAAAACGAUGUUUUUUUUGUCCUGAUGAAAGCUCCAUGUGGGAGCUGAAACGUUGACUUUUUAAAUGGUUUGAAUAAAAGCUAAAUUUUAUUUGAAAAUCUCUAUAAAGUCCUUGGAGUGCGGUCAUUUCUGCUAUGUCUACAUGAUCCUUGCCAGACCAGCACCGGGCACCACAGGAUUACACCAGGAGUGCAAGCCCUCGCUAUUUAUAUAUAUAUAUAUAUAUAUAUAUAUAUAUGAAACAUAUGUGUCUGGGUUGGGCUCUUAACCUCCCUUUGUUACAAACACAUAGGUUUCUUAUAAGAAGAAACCUUAUCUUUGGUCAGUGUUUACACUAGCCUACAUUCCACAGUUUGGUCAUGCAAUGCAUGGAGUUUGAAAAAAAACAAAGGUGUGUCUAUCUUUGUAUUCUGUUACAAAAUGGAGUCACAUCUGCCAAGUAGUGACUAUACAGUAUUCAUUUUUAAUUUUAAUCUUAUCACAAAAUGUCUGACAGUAAAAUACCUGACAUUACCUAGAUUUCAGUAAGGCUGAAUCUUUGAGUUUGGAUUUCACUAUUGUUGAAUGGGUUAGGCAGUGGCUGAGUGGCAGGCAACAGCGGGUUGUAGUCAAUGCAUUAUAUUCAAAGCAAGGUCUAGUUACCAGUGGGAUAUCUCAGGGAUCUGUACUUGGACCCAUUCUCUUCAAUAUUUUUAUUAGUGAUAUUGCAGAAGGUCUUAAUGGUAAUGUAUGUCUGCUUUUUGUUGACAAUACAAAGAUUUGGAAUAGGGUUGAUGUUCCAGGAGGGAUUAACCAAACGGCAAAUGAUUUAGGUAAACUAGAAAACUGGUCAGAGCUGUGGCAACUGACAUUUAAUGUGGAUAGGUGCACGUUAAUGCAUCUUGCACUUAUCCACAUUAAAAACCCAAGAAAAGAAUAUAGAAUAUUUGAUUCUGCCCUAACCUCAACAUCUGAGGAAAUGGAUUUAGGGGUAAUUAUUUCAGAAGACUUAAAGGUAGGUAGACAAUGUAAUAGAGCAGCAGGAAAUGCUAGCAGAAUGCUUGGUUGUAUAGGGAGAGAUAUUAGCAGUAGAAAGAGGGAAGUGCUCAUGCCAUUGUACAGAACACUGGUGAGACCUCACUUGGAGUAUUAUACACAGUACUGGAGACCGUAUCUUCAGAAGGAUAUAGAUACCUUAGAGAUAGUUCAGAAAAGGGCUAAACUGGCUUAUGGAUUGUGGGAUAAAACUUACCAGGAAAGGUUAAAGGAUCUUAACAUGUAUAGCUUGGAGGAAAGACGAGACAGGGGGGAUAUGAUAGAAACAUUUAAAUACAUAAAGGGAAUCAACACAGUAAAGCAGGAGACUAUAUUUAAAAGAAGAAAAACUACCACAACAAGAGGACAUAGUCUUUAAAUAGGUUUAAAAAGAAUAUCAGGAAGUAUUACUUUACUGAGAGGGUAGUGGGUGCAUGGAAUCACCUUCCAGUGGUAAAGGUUUACACAGAGAGGGAGUUUAAGUAUGCAUGGUAUAGGCAUAAGGCUAUCCUAGAUAUAAGAUAAGGCCAGGGACUAAUACUAUAUUAUAAGUAAUUUAGAAAUACAAGAAGUAUUUAGAAAAUUGGGCAGAAUAGAUGUGCUGGAUGGUUAUAUAUAAUAAUUGAUUUUCUCACUCCUCCUGGGUGGUAUGUUUAUUCCUCAUUCUCGGGUCCUCUACCAGAGGCCUGGGAGUUUGAGGGUUCUUUGCAGUAUCUGAGCUGUUCCUAGAACUGCACUCUUCUGGACAGCGAUCUCACAUUUCCCACUUGAAAUCUGUUGAAGCCAAUCCCCCAAUUCCUGGACACAGAGAGAGAACCUAGACCUGCUUGAAUAUAUAUAUUACAAUUCUCAGAUUUUUCCUGAUACAUUUAUAGUAGUUCUUGACCAUGCAUAAUUUUUUCUUCUUGUUUAACAGAUGAAUGAAAUCUACAAUAAAAUACCUGGAUAUAAAGAUGUGGUUAUAGCAUCUCUCAGGUUAGUACAUUUGUGUCAUUCUGAAUUAAACUUGGCACUUGCCAGGUGAUAAUGUUAAAUUUAAUUUUUAAAAUAUGCAUUUAAAAACACACAUUUAAUAGACUAUGGUUUUUUUUCAUCAUUAAUAUUCCUUUGACCCACUUUGAGAAAAAAAAGACAACAAUCAAUUCUAACAUUAAAUUCUUAAAUAUGUUUAUACCUAUCAGAGUUAUUCACUAAACACAAAUGGACAAAAUAUGCUGAAGAUGGCCAAAUUCAUACCAUAAUGGCAUUCUCAUAUUUAAUAAAGUGAAAUAUGAUUGUGUGAUGACGUCAUCGCUUAUUAUGUGAUUGCUGCAUUUUCAUGGUAAUGGUAACCAGGAAAUACAGUAAACAGUACAGGGAGCAUGAGGGAACCCUGAAAAUUAGCAGAAUCACCAGCCAUACACUGUAAGCCAAGAAACAUAUGAGUACAGAAAAGCACAUAAUAUACUAAUGCCAAGGGGUUUGGAAAUUAAAAAUUGUUUUAUACUUUCUGAUACUUUCUUUUCUUGGUGAUAAGACAUGGUAGCCUUAGGGGUUACCUCCUCCCAUCAAUCCGAUUGGACAGAAAAUAUACUUCUCUGGAUAUAUGUAGCCCCUUCUGACAUUAAAACUCCAGUUUGUAGCCACAAACAAAGGAAGGCAUCAGAGUGCUAACAUGGCCCAUUACCGGGAUAAUAAAAUAAAGGAAAGCAUGAACAUUUUUCGAUUUUCCCGAUCAUGGUCAUGGCAGCACUACCCCAGGGCAAUACCCAAGGAAGAAAUCUUGGGUAAUAUACAGACUGGAUCAAAAAGAUCACUGCUGAGAAUUUAAUAUUGCAAAACAUAACUUAAAUAAUUCAAGAAUCUCUUAAGGACCAGACAUUCAACUUAGACUGUAGGAUAGAGGUAUUCUGCGAUGCCCAAGUAGCAGCCUCACAGAUCUGGUCAGAUGAAACUUAUGCAACAGCUGCCCCGGAAGUAGACAUGACUCUAGAGGAGUGAGCCUUUAUACCUCUAGGAACAGGAAAAUGAGAUGAUUCAUCUGGUCAUAGUUUUGGUUGAAGCUCUCUCACCUUUGUCGUGUCCACCUGGUGAAAUGAAAAUCCUGGAAUAUAUCUUUCAUUGUCUGUUUCUGUCAAUCUAAGUAGACAGACACCUCACAAUGUUCAAAUUGUGGAGCAUACACUCUUCCUCAGAUGUAGAAGAAGUUAAGAAGACUGGCAAAACAUUUCCAUGAUUAAGGUGAAAAAAGGAUAUCGCCUAAAGUCUGGCACACUUCUCAGUACCACUAUAUUGUGUUGAAAGGAGGUAUAAGCACCUUCUGAAGAUAGUGCUCCUAAUUUUAAAACCCUUCUCCCAGAGAUAAGGGCAACCAACAGAAUCAUCUUAAGAAUAAGGAGCAUAAGAAGAAUCUCUACCAUGUGUUCAAAAGGAGAAGUUUGUAAAGUGGAUACCAAACUGCCAAUCGGUACAGGAUCUGCCAUGUGGGUGAAAUUGAUACAGGAAUGACAUGAGUUAAGAUAGGCAGGGCCAGAUUAAUUGCCACUUGGACCUGGUGUUGACGAUUAUAAUGGGCCAAUUUAAAGAACCUUCUUGACAGAAAACACUAAAACAAUAAUACUUCCCAAGUGUUAUGUAUCUGGCAGAGUUGGUGCUGGAGGGAAACUCACAAGACAUAGCUAUCCAAAAAUACAUACCAUAUGCUAACUUCUCAGUUCCAUCUUUCAAGUAAAUCCAUACUCCCUAACAGCAGCAUUCGGUGAAGCAGGAUGUCGGUGGGCGGGAUAAAAGAGUGGGCCAGAACCAUCUAAGGAGGAACUUGUUCACCACUUACUAAGGACUGUCCCCUAGCACUCACUUGUCAAUUCCUCUCCUUACCUUCUUACUAACAGACAGAAGCUCCUGCUAUACAAUCUGGGACAGUGAAAAGGUGGACAUAGUGAGUGAGUGAGUGUAGAAGAAAAUAAGAAAACGAACAUGCCACAGUUUUAGAGAGACUGAAGCAGCAAGAGAAAUUGCAUAGUGCGUAAAAUCAGCUUUACCUUAACUAAUUUAAUUGUUAGCCAGUCCACACCAGUUUUGUUUCCCUAUAUCCUUCUUAAGUUUGCAUACUUACUAUACUUAAGCAAGAGCAUGUGAAGAGUAGUAUAAAAACAUAUGGAACAUAUGGCUUAAAUACAGUUAUUGUUCUUUAAAGUUAGUCAUAACCAGCUUGGCACAUAAGGGUGCCAUAUUGGCACCCAUCGUAAUGCCUUUCAUUUGUUCGUAAAAGAUCACCAAAUAGCGAAAAUUAUUUUUAUGUGGUAUAAUAGUGUAGUUACAAAAUGUCCUAAUGGAACAUCCUGUGUUACCUUGAGCAAUUUGGUAUUGAUGAAUGAAGUCCCCUCGUUGUGGGGUAUAUAAAUUAGAAACAUUCAGUGUUACAAGAUCCCACUAUAUUUGCAUGGAAAAGAGAUAACAUUAUCUGAAGUAAAGUGGUAAGAGCAGACACAGAUACACAUAAAAAACAGUUAUUCCCAAGCAAACCAUUAAAAAGGACAUACCACUGUCUGCAGUAUUCUGGUCAGUGACGUUUGGUCUAGCUGAAAUCAGGACCUAAUUCGGGUUAGUUUGGAACCUGAUUUGCAAAAUCCAGAUACUGUUGUGUCCGAAUGGCCACGUAUGCUGCAGAUAGUUUUGCCCAGUUUGGUACAUGUGCCAUUCAGACUUUACUGAAUAUCCCUGUAUGUUAUGCAAUCAACUGAGGCCUUGUUUCCAAUGCUAUCAAUAACUGUUAUCAACAGGCCACUACUAGCUGAAAUGGCAAUCACUAACAUUAACUUGCAGCUGCUGUUUCCUAACUGCAAGUUUGCCUGUUAAUAUAUUUUAAUAUGUCUUUCAGUGCCUCAUUGGACAGCGCCACUUUACGCUGCUUUCCAGUGGAGUGCUGAAAGGGUUAAACAAAUUGUCCAUUUUUAAUUGCUAUAGUAUUUUUUUGUUGUAUGCAUCUUUUUCAGUUUUCAAAGCAGUAAAUGCUAGGUGGUGAGCAGUAUCAGUUACAGUAGACAUUAGUAAGAAGAUGUUACUAAUUUUUAACAAUCAUUUGCAUUUGCAAGAAAACACACAUUACAUUAAAAAUAUUGUUUGGGAGGUUUAUUUAUAAAAAUGCAUUCUUGGAUUUUGCAUAUAUUUACUGACCAGACGUAAAGUUUACAACAUUUCUUCAUUCAAAUUAUUAAUUUAAUUUUUUUCACCUAGAAGAUGUGGGAAAUAAAUGACGAUACUUUUUGAUUUUAUUCAGAACCAAAAAAGGAGUAGAUUGAUGGAGGCAAAAAAAAAAAACGGGACAAGUUUGGAUUUAAACUGCUAAAUAAACAGAAACAAAAAACUAAAACCGAUAAAAUGUUUCUCAAUAUUUAGCACUUUGCCAUAAAAUAGCACCUUUUUUGUAUUGAUAAAUCUCUCCCAGAAUGAGCUAAAACAGUACCAAAAUGAGAGAGGUCACUUUACACUUUGUACUACCAUUUGUGUUCCACUUAUGCAAAAAUUAAAACCAAAAAACCACACUUUCGUCAAAUGCACAUCAAUUAAGCAACUGAACAUGUUAUGUACACACGUUCCACAUAUGAGAAAAUAAGGGUUUGGCUGCACUUACCUACACAUGCUAAAUUAGGGUGCUGCUGGGGGCCAAUAAGUACAGUAAAAAUGAAAAUCCAGCGCACUCGCUUAUCUACUAAACAGUCAUUUUAGUGCUGAACAAUUUUCAGUUUUAUUAAAAACACCUAAUCUAGGCAAAAAAUAUAAUGGGGGUUUAGUUACAGUAUAUGAUCAUACAUUGCAUAAGCCUGCCACAACGCCAAUGUACCCCAUCUUUGGCAGGUCCUACUCUGUAUGCUUAAUGAGCUUCUCACUUGGGGAAAUCCUUCCAUCUCGAGGUCUCUGCAGUACAAUGCUUAAAUAGGAUCCUGAGAUGAGGCACCUGUAACAGGGAAGGGUGCAAAACCCAUGGAGCUGGCUAGACUCCUAAAUAUAUACAUAUAUGAGAAAAUAAGGGUUUGACUGCACUGUACACACGUUCCACACAUACAAACUUAUGACAUAUGUAGUAUGACUAGGCUUACAUCCUAUGUGAAAGCAGAACAAAAUGAUACUUUUCUUCAUCAUUGCCCAACACAUUGAAAAUGAACAUUUUUCUAAUGCUUUCGUUACUACUGAAGAAAGUUUUGCCUAACCAAGCUUGUUUAAUCACUGUUUGUCUUCAACAGGGCAGGAAGUGUAAUUGUGGAUCAUGAUGUGAUUUUUGAGGCUGACUAUAAUGAAUUUGUGUCGAUAACUAGACAAUACGAGGAUAUAAUCAAUUAUAUUAUAGUAGUGACUGAUCCACUUCUGGUGACUAUCAACUGCACAGACGAAAGCUGUAAGUUGUAG